AAUGUAGCAGAAGAGACAUCUGGAUCGAAACUGCGUGCUUACAGUGCAAAGAACAACUGGAUUCAAACAUAGAGUUAUUGAUUCAAAUAUUAAUCCAAAAGAAUUCUUCAUAAAUCUUUUCAGCAACCUGUGAAAGUCGGAAACAUCCCGUUUUCAGAAGUUUAUACAAGCACUCCGCUUCAACUGAAUUCAAAACUGCCCGCGCGUCUCGAAAGCAGCUCUAUUUCGCCGGUUCGGCGACAGGUGACGCCACGUCCUUGGCUCCCGGCAUGCAUUGCGCGCGUCGAUGCCAUGUUUACACAUGGCGGCGCCCAUGGCGAGUUGGUGCGGCGAUGCUUCGCGCAAAUCGCAUGUAAUCGUGAAGUGCGUUGUCCGGGUAUCAGCAUGAGUCCGUGCGAACACCGGUAAAGUACGGGGGCAUUCGUGCGGGCGCUGUUAUCACGUUCGGAUUUGGCGCGAGCGCGCAAAAAAAGCCGCGGUGGUUUAGCGAUGGAUCGCGACACUACUGUCGGUGCGGACACGGCGGCGGAACAACAUCAACAAGAAGACCAACGCGAUUUUGGGAAGCCAGCUGACGGAGUGGCCGUGUUUGAAGCGGCAAGUACGCAUGAGGACCAUCUUGAUGUCGAUGUGGACGUGGAUGACUCUUCCAACCGGUUGCUACGCAGGCCCAAGCGACGAAGCUGCCCCUCCACGUCCCCGGGCUGCCCGGUGUGCGGCGUGACGCUGCGCGCGCAGGAAUUGCAGCAGCACUGGCAGGUCGAGGUGGAGCGCCUCCAAGGGAUCGCCAGGAGCGUGGCCAAGCGUCAGCGAGGCGAGGCCAGCAGCGGCGGCGGUGGUGGGCCGCGGUGGGAGUCCCUUCGGAAGGUGCGCGCCAACCGGAGGAGCCGCAACGGAGCGUCGGGCCGAGGCGUCCACUGCCCGGUUUGCCACCAGGCACUCCAGGGGUCGCCCGAUCAGCUCGCCGAACACGUGGACAGGUGCCUGGCCCGCGGAGGGGGCGACGACGAAGACGAGUCCGUGGACGCCGAGGGCUCGUUCGACGAGUACGAGUGGGCGGGCCAGAGUCGGCUGCGCGCCACGGCCUUGCUCGAGGGCGGCUUCCGGGCGGCCGGUUGGGUGACCAGCGGGGGCAGCAGCAGCAGCGUCUCCCGCAGGGACGCCGCCGACGAGGACGACGACCAAGAGGACUUGGACGUGGACGGGGACGACUGCGACACCUUCGGACAGGCCCAGUACACCGAAGCGGACCUGAUUCCCCUCGAGAGCGACGAGCCAGCCGAAGAACGGGACAGGCAGAGGCUACGACAGGCCCUCAUCUCGCCAAAUCAAAGAGGAUCAGGAAGCACCGUGGAAGAAACAAGACGAGACACGACAGAGAAUGACACGUCCACAUCUAGCGAGGAGACACAGCCUGGCGACGGAGGUGGAGCACUGUCCCAAGUGGUGAUGUCCCUAAGGGAGCGGGUACGGCAGCUGGAGCAGCAGCACCAGAGCGCAAACCUGACAAAGUGUCUCAUCUGCAUGGAGCCGUACACAGUUCCUGUGGUGUCCGUCUGUUGCUGGCACGUUCACUGCCAGGACUGCUGGCUCAAGACCCUGGGUGCCAAGAAGUUGUGCCCCCAGUGCAACUCCAUCACAGCCGCGGCAGACUUGCGGAGAAUCUACCUCUGAGGACACACCGUCACCUGGAACCCUAAACGUUUGGAACGUCUUCCACAAGUGCCUCGUUCCAGCCAACAUCAUGCCACGUCCGGAAUCAACCCCAGCACGGACACACCACCAUCCGAUCCCGAUCGGGACCUUGUACUUCAUCCAGCCGAUCAGGACUUUGUGCUUUAGCCAGCCGAUUACGAUUAAGACUUCGUGCUUUAUUGAGUCUCGUUACGACGACGUAUCGAAUUUGUGGCUCGGCUGGUGCGCAACGAUUUGCUCCACAGCUUCCGCGAGGUUGGCAACAAUGGCAUCGGGCUUCACGGUGGGGUGGCUGUCGUCGGAAGGCCUGCAGUGAAAAGCGGCGCGCGGUUACUUCUGUGCGGCGGGGCUGGUACCUGCGCACGGCGGUGACGUACCGGUACUUUCCGGUGCGCACAAGGACUCCGCGGAAACCCACGCUCUGAGCCGCGCCCACGUCGCUCGAGAUGUCGUCGCCAAUCAUGACGACCUCGUCGGCGCGGAGGUGCAUGUCUUCGAGGGCCAUGUUGAAGAACUGCUCACUGGGCUUGCCGAUCACGAUGGCCCGGCGCUCACAGGCACUCUACGCAAGGUGGGACAAAGAGAAGAGGACGGGGACAUGGUUCCCCCAACAAUCCGAAAAUCCAAAGCACCGGAUUUGUUUUUACCCCAUUCCUCUUAUUCUCACCACUUUUGAGUUUAGGAUGUUGCGUUUCUCACGGGUUGCCCGACUUCUUACAAAGGGCUUUCCGAGACACAGACGCACUCGAAAACAAGCGGCUUGCAUGCGCUGCCAUCUUUGGGUGGCCAAGGUAUGGAAAUUAUUUUUGUCCAGCGUGGCAUGGUACAGCCUCCCCCAAAGUAAAUAACUUUAACUUAACUUGCAAAGUUUGUUAUUGAAUGUCGCCUCUCUUUCUUUUACAGCAAUGUUGCCAAGGGCCUUCCAGUAUUUGCCCUACUUUACGAAUUGUGUGCGCAUGUUUAGCGCACAGAGGCUGAAGAUUCUACGACUUUCGAGUCUGCUUUGGCAGCAUUUGCUGCGGCGGGGGCUGUACAAUGUGGCUGUCGAUCAGUCACACACUCUAUCGUGGACGGAAAACGGAAAGAUUCGUGCUCCCGCCAAGGUGGCCACGUUGGUGUGUUACGAACGCGUAAACUGUGAACUUUCCAGGCAUCUCCCAGCUGCAUGCUGGUUUGUAAACAGUGUAUCUCUACUCUGUAUAGUUCUUCCAAAUUAAAGUGCGGAGUUGCAGGUACUGCCACGCUGGCGUACGCUGCCUCGCUAAUCCGA